AUGGUGAAGGAACCGAAACCGAACCAAACUGCGUUUUUCGGGUCGGGUCGGUUCGGAUCCUCUCGGUCGGUUUUUAAGCCCAGGCCUACCUCAGAGAUACUCUUACGUCUGCCUGAGAAAUCUGUGGGGAGGUUUUGUUGCGUGUCGAAGCUUUGGUCAUCAAUCACCACCCAUCCCUAUUUCAUCAACUUGUUCGAAACUAGGUCCCCACGGCCGAGUCUUCUACUCUGCUUCAUAAAAGAUAGAAACUUGUUUGUUUCCUCGAUUCAACAUACACAUUCUCUUCAUCAGAAUUCAAACAAGUCUUUCUCUUCGUCUCAACAAUAUUUGAUCGUUAUCUUUUGGAAUUCCCAGAAGAAUAUCGGCUUAAUCUGCUUUCCAGGAUCAGGAAAGCCGAUAGUUUGGAACCCUAGAAAGAGACAUGUCUCAACUUUUCCCAAACCAAGACUAAGCUGGAAAACUAGAGAAAUAUUUUUAGGAUAUGAUCCAAUCGAAGGUAAACACAAACUAAUGUGCAUUCCUUCAAGAAGAAGUAGCGACGUGUGCCGAGUUUUAACAUUGGGAUCAGCUCAAGAAUCAUGGAGAACUGUCAAAACUAACCAUAAGCAUCGUUCUCGUUUUCGUAAUUCAGGGCGAUGCAUUGACGGGGUUAUAUAUUAUAUAGCCCAUAUGUAUAGGACGAUUGAUUGGGUUAUAAUGAGCUUUGAUGUCAGAUUUGAAAAAUUUCAUGUCAUCUUAUUACAGUAA